UUAUGCUGUUGGUCUUUUCUUAGAAAUCCAUGCACUCUUGGCAUACCCGACUCAGGAAAAAUCACUCUGCCCAGAUCCACUUCUCCUCUCCUCUCCGCUCCGCUCUCAGAUCUCGCCCCUCUCUGACUCUGCUGCUGGGUUUUCUGAUAUAUCUUACGGGUGCACAACGAGUUGUUUGUGUUCAGUCUACCCACGCUUGCCUUCAUUCCGAAGAUUGCUGUUGUUGACACGGCUUUUGUGGAAGUGAACAUCCGAGUUUGGUGCCUCUGUUGUGGAGUGAUUUCUAGAGGAAAAUGGCGGAGCAGACUGUCACCGUCUUCGGGCCCGCAUUGGAGUUGAUGAAGAGCGUUAAGUCGCCGGAAGGAGAGAUGCUCACGAAGCCUUUUCUUGACGUCUGUCGGAAUGUGUUGCCUGUGAUCGACAAGUUUGGGAGUUCCAUGGCACUUGUGAAAUCUGAUGUUGGCGGCAACAUUUCGAGACUGGAUGCCAAGUACGACAGUGAUCCAUCGGCGAACAGCCUGCUGUAUGACAUUGUCCGUGCUGAAGUUGCUGCUAAGACUGCCAAGGGUUCAUCAAGUUGCAGUAAUGGAAUGCUAUGGUUGACCAGAGCUAUGGAUUUCUUGGUGGAGCUUUUCCGGAAUUUGAAUGAUCAUUCCGACUGGACUAUGUCUCAAUGUGCUACUGCAGCCUAUACAUCUACACUUAAGAAAUAUCAUGGAUGGAUUGCAAGUACCGCAUUCACGGUUGCUAUGAAACUGGUACCCGAGCGAUCCAAAUUUUACGAAACUUUGGCUCUUGGCAACUCUACUGCGGAUAUGGAGCGAUUUGUUACUGAGUUCUCGCCAAUAUUGGCGGAAAAUCACGAGUUUUUGAAAUCCGUGAACUUGGAUGACCUCAAGGCAUCAUAAGAUGAGCGCUAAACUACAGGUUCAGUUCUCGUAAGAUGAGAAGAGCUUUUUCAGGUUACUGGUCUACUCAUGUCGCGGGAACUGCUCUUAUGCUGGCGGUACUCUGGACAUCCGUUGACAUUGAUGCUAUAGUCAGCCUUAUGAUUUUGAUUUGAUUGCGUGAGUUUGUGGAGAGAAUUAGUACAAUAGAAAGGAAUGCACGUUAUUCUACCAUCUUAUUCACGUUCUGUAGCUGUAGGCCUUUACGACAUUUCAUAUGUCGUGUAUAUUCGUGUACUAAGUUCCCAAUUAUCUCAUCAAGUUUAUACUAUCGUUGCAAAACGCAGGAAAUUCCUUUUAGCAUC